AGGCUGGCAAUGCCUCCGGCCCCGCGUGCACUCCUCGAAGCCCGACCGCCCGCACGCACGCUACGGCUGGGCUGCGGGUCCCGGAGCGGCACUGACGGCGGAGGCUCCCACGAUGAGGACGGCGCGCUGGGUCCUCGGCCUGCUCCUGGCCGCCGCUGCCGGGGCUGCAGCAGGGGACAAGUGUGGCCGGAAUGAGUUCCAAUGCCGGAACGGGAAGUGUAUCUCCUACAAGUGGGUGUGUGACGGCAGCUCCGAGUGUCAGGACGGCUCGGACGAGUGGGAGCAGACCUGCAUGUCUCUCACCUGCAAGUCCGAUGACUUUAGCUGCGGCGGCCGCCUGAACCGCUGCAUCCCCGGGCACUGGAAAUGCGACGGCCAGCAGGACUGCGAGGACGGCUCCGACGAGCUGGGCUGCGCGCCCAAGACGUGCUCCCAGGACGAGUUCCGCUGCGCCGAGGGCGCGUGCAUCUCCCGGCUGUUCGCCUGCGACGGGGAGCCGGACUGCCCCGACGGCUCGGACGAGGCCUCGUGCGCGCCGUCCACCUGCGGCCCCGCCCACUUCCGGUGCAACAGCUCCUCCUGCGUCCCCGCGCUGUGGGCCUGCGACGGCGAGCCGGACUGCGACGAUGGCUCCGACGAGUGGCCGGCGCGCUGCGGCGCCCGCCCCAGCCCGCAGCCCGGCCGCGGGCCCUGCUCCCGCCACGAGUUCCACUGUGGCAGCGGCGAGUGCGUGCACGCGAGCUGGCGCUGCGACGGCGACGCCGACUGCAGGGACGGCUCGGACGAGCGCGACUGCGCCGCGGCCACGUGCCGCCCGGACGAGUUCCAGUGCUCGGACGGGACGUGCAUCCAUGGCAGCCGGCAGUGUGACCAGCAGCAGGACUGCGGGGACAUGAGCGACGAGGUGGGCUGCGUCAACGUGACACUGUGCGAGGGGCCCGACAAGUUCAAGUGCCACAGCGGGGAGUGCAUCUCCCUGGACAAAGUGUGCAACUCCGCCAGGGACUGCCAGGAUUGGUCAGACGAGCCCAUCAAAGAGUGCGCGACCAAUGAGUGCAUGCGGGGCAACGGAGGCUGCUCCCACACCUGCUUCGACCUCAGAAUCGGCCACGAGUGUCAUUGUCCCAAAGGCUACCGGCUGGUGGACCAGCGACGCUGCGAAGAUAUCAAUGAGUGUGAGGACCCCGACAUCUGCAGCCAGCUGUGUGUGAACCUGGCGGGCAGCUACAAGUGCGAGUGCCGGGCCGGCUUCCAGCUGGACCCCCACAGCCAGGCCUGCAAGGCCGUGGACUCCAUCGCCUACCUCUUCUUCACCAACCGGCACGAGGUGCGCAAGAUGACCCUGGACCGUAGCGAGUACACAAGCCUCAUCGCCAACCUCAAGAACGUGGUGGCCCUGGACGCGGAGGUGGCCAGCAACCGCAUCUACUGGUCGGACCUGUCCCAGCGCAAGAUCUACAGCGCACAGAUCGACGGGGCGCACGGCUUCCCCGCCUACGACACCGUCAUCAGCAGCGACCUGCAGGCCCCCGAUGGGCUGGCUGUGGACUGGAUCCACGGCCACAUCUACUGGACAGACUCCGUGCUGGGCACCGUGUCCGUGGCCGACACCAGGGGGUUCAGGAGGAAGACACUGUUCCGGCAGGAAGGCUCCAAGCCCAGGGCCAUCGUGGUGGACCCCGCGCACGGCUUCAUGUACUGGACCGACUGGGGCGUCCCCGCCAAGAUCGAGAAAGGGGGCCUGAACGGCGUGGACGUCUACUCCCUGGUGACCGAGGACAUCCAGUGGCCCAAUGGCAUCACCCUGGAUCUUUCCAGCGGCCGCCUCUACUGGGUGGACUCCAAGCUGCACUCCAUCUCCAGCAUCGACGUCAACGGGGGCAACCGGAAGACGGUGCUGGAGGACGAGCAGCGGCUGGCGCACCCCUUCUCUCUGGCCAUCUUUGAGGACAAAGUGUUCUGGACGGACGUCAUCAACGAAGCCAUCUUCAGUGCCAACCGCCUCACCGGCUCCGACGUCCACCUGGUGGCCGAGAACCUGCUGUCCCCGGAGGACAUCGUCCUGUUCCACAACCUCACGCAGCCCAGAGGGGUGAACUGGUGUGAGAAGACGGCCCUCCCCAACGGCGGCUGCCAAUACCUGUGCCUGCCGGCCCCACAGAUCAAUAGCCACUCGCCCAAGUUCACCUGCGCCUGCCCCGACGGCACGCUGCUGGCCGCGGACAUGCGGAGCUGCCGCACAGAGGCCGACGUGAUCCUGAGCACCCAGAGGGCGUCGACGGCCGCUCGGCCGCAGCUCACGGGCAGCCCUGCCGGUACCACACAGGAGCCCCUGACCGAGCCCACGCUCAGCACCUUGGAGACGGCGACCACGUCCCAGCAAGCCCUGCACAACGCCGACGGCCGAGGCAGCGAGGGGACGCCCAGGAGCGUGGGGGCCCUGUCCGUCGUCCUGCCCAUCGGUGAGUGCCGGCGUGGCAUCGCCGCCCCCGUGCCCCGGUUGCCCGGUUCCCUGUGGGGGCCCCGCCGGACCGCCCCUCCCCCCGCCCCCGUGGGCCCCUCCUGCCUGCCCCGCCCCGCCCCCCCCUGGUCCUGUGGAAGAACUGGCGGCUCCGCAGCGUCCACAGCAUCAACUUCGACAACCCGGUCUACCAGAAGACCACGGAGGACGAGGUGCACAUCUGCAGGAGCCAGGACGGCUACACCUACCCCUCGAGACAGAUGGUCAGCCUGGAGGACGACGUGGCCUGAGCCGCCGCCUGGAUCUCGCCGCCACCCGCGGGCCUGAGCCGCCGCCGCCGCCGCCUGCCCGGGCCGUGUUUUAUAUAUUUAUUCGCCCGGGAUGGGGCCGGCUGCUCUCUGGACAGAGGGGGGCCCGGGCCUCCCUGCACUGCGCCCGCGCUCAUCUCAGGAGCUCCGUGUUUACCUCGCCGGUUGCCCUUAACUGUCCGAGAAGUGCCUGCGCCCGCCCACGCCAGGUCCCUGGUCCCCGGCAGCGUGGGGCGGGGGCUGGGCGGAGCGCGGCCCGGGCGUGCAUGGCGUUUUAGCUUUGCACCUCGCAAGCCGCGCGAGUCUGUGACGACAUUUGCACUUUGUGCGUUUCUGGAGACGCUGAGCACAUGUAUAGAAAUUAUUUAUUUUUGCUAACGCUGGCUGCUGUGUGCAGCGGCGCGGGGCCGCCCGUGGGGGGGUGGGGGAGGGCUCCGUGCCGCCUUUGAACCACUGUAUAGAGAGUUUUUAUAGCCUGAAGGGGUCCCUGUGGUUGAUUAAACUUCUUUAACGAGU